AUGUUCAUCUUCUAUCUUUUCUCCUUUAAUAUCUUCUCGUCAUGGUUAUUAACUGUCAAUGGAAAUGAAUGUCAAUUUCUGAGCGCAUGCAAAUGUACCAACUUUCCUUUAUUUGCCUUGAUUGAUACGAGUUGUUUGACGAAGCCACGCUCACCAUUGAAUCAAGAUUUAUUCUGUGCAUAUUCAAAUGAUCAACUCAAUGAAAAGAAUCUAACAAUAUUCGAGCAAUUCAAAUACUUCUAUUAUCGUUUUCGCACUUUAACGUUUGCGAAUUAUCCGAUUCUACCAGCGAAAGCGUUUCGUUUUGUUCAUUUCGAAAGUCAAAGUGUUAAACAAACACAUCGGGCGAACAAUCGUAACGUGAUUGCAUUAGUUAACAUCGAACGUACAGAAUCUGGUAUAUUCGAGGAUUUAAGUUUAACCGAUUCACAUGAUCAAUUAAUAAUUUCCUUUCUUAAUUCGCCAUCUUUGUCUUAUACGCCUGGAACUCUUGCGAAACUGAACUGUUAUGAACUGAAAUUCCUGAAUACUAAUUCAAAAAUUUCCCUCGAUUUCUUCCAACACGCUCAAUACAUUCAUCAUUUAAUUAUUCAUAACCCAACAUUUUCUGGUUUUGUCUCGUCGUCCAACUCUUUGACUGUGCAGAUCUCUAAACUUUCCAUCAAAGACAUCAGUGUUCGUCAUUUGCAAGGACGUCAUUUUCCUCAGAUUUUCAAUUCGACUUACGAAUUAACUUUACAAAACUACCAUAUCAACGGUGCUUUUCGUUCGUUGAACGAUCGUGAUUUGGCGCGAUGCUUUCCUCACCUACGAUCAUUGAAAAUCUAUUCACGUUCGAUUCAACACAUCACCGCACGAAUGUUUCAACAUCUAAAUCAAUUAGAAUAUUUGUUUCUCGACGGUAUUACAGCAGUGGAAAAUGAAGCAUUCGUGAGUUUAUAUCGUUUGAAACAACUUGAUCUUGGUAAAGACAUCCUACGCCUCGAUCCCUAUGCAUUCAUUCAUAUGAACACAGAUAAUCUUCUUCUAAAUCAAAGUUAUCAUUUUGAUUUAAAAGAUGAUAAACAUUUCUGCACAUUCGUGCCAUUCGUACCUUCAACAGAUCUAGAUACAUUCGUACAAUUUGCCAAAAAUCUAACUGAUUGUUCGUGUACACUUCGUUAUCUGUAUCGUCACUUAGAUAAAUCAUUGAUGUCAUUGACACCGAAUUGUUAUUCGAAUGCAAGUUUAUAUAUUCUAACCCAAGAAGAACGAAUCUGUCAUUUUGAACAACGGCUGCUUCAGUGUGAUAUUUUGCCUGAUCAAGGUGUUACCAUCUAUGGGAAACAUUACAAUGUGUCAUACUUCUAUCGACAGCAGUUAUCCAAACAGAAACAUCGACUCUCCCUGUUUUUUCGUUAUCGAAUUUAUUACGUCGUGGUCCUAUUUCUUCUCUUACUGAUUGUUCUAUGUUUGAUCAUUCGAAAGCAGAAACAACAUCAUGAUAGUACUUAUAAAUAUUUACAUAAUCUAUUGAAGCGACGAACGACGACAUCGAGAAAUGGUGAACUAACAAGGACGCAAACAAUUGAUAUGAUGUAUCAACGUCGAAAUGAAAACGUUCGUCAUUCGACUCCUUCGCGAACAAGAACAACGAAAGUGUGA